AUGGGAUUCCGUGGGUCCCUUUAUGAGCGGUCUCGAGGAGACGACGGCCGCGGUCGGUCACAUAGACACCGCAGCAGGUCGCCGCACGAGGCAAAAUCGCGACAUUCACGAAGGCACGGUCGAUCUAGAUCGCCAAGCAUAGAUGGAAGACACCGCGAUCGCCGUCGAAAACACUCCUUGCACUCGGACGUUUCCGGCGAUGAAGAGGUAUCCAAGAGGUACCGUUCUCGCUCACGUGACCAUCACAAGGACCGGCGCAAGUCAUCAGAGCGCAGGCAUUCGAAGCGUGAUGCUCGUGACGAUGCAGAUGCGGCGCUGCGAGAUGGGCGGUCUGCGGAAUCUACCAAAUAUCCCGCAGAGCAGGAUGAGCGCACUCACUCGGAUAGACAAACACAACACACAGUGGAAACUGCCACUGAUGCCAGUGCUCAAAAGCAACUGCCUGACAAGGAUGCAGCAAAGUUGGAUCGUCUAGCUCGCUUUAAAAAGCUCGCAGAGGAGAAGAAAUUACGUGCUUCCAUGACCAAUGGUGGCGGGGCAACCAAGAUACUGUCGUUGAAACUUGGCGCAGCCAAAUCUAAGAAAGUGGAAAACAAUGCGCUUGAAAGUUUCUUCCAGGUGCAAACAGAAGCGCAGGGAAAGGAGGAUGCGCAAGAUAGCGCCGAUGCGGGAGAUGUUGAUCCUCUGGACUUAUACAUGACGAACAUACUCAAGGAGAGUGAGGAGGAGUUGAAACAUGUGCAACUCGCACCCAUAUUGGACCCUAACUCAAGCAUAUCAUCGGACGUGGGGAAAUCCGUGACGUUGGAAGAAAUUAUGGCCAUGUCCAACGAACCCGAAGCAGCAGGUGAAGACUGUGAAGAGGAGUUCCUCUCACAGCUGCGGCGCAAAACUAAGAGGGACUCAAAACAACACGACGGUGACGAUGGUGUAAUAUCCAGCGAUGACGAAAAACCCGAACGAACGCAGACUGUAGACUAUUCCGAAAUGUUCAAGGGCAGCACUCGAAGCAGAAUUGAGAUGCCCAAGGUAGACCAUUCUACGAUUGAUUACCCUCCUUUCAAGAAGAAUUUCUAUGUGCAGAUCUCAGCAAUAACUGCGAUGAAGGAACACGAAGUGGACGCUUUCAGGAAGGCAAAUGGAAACAUCAGGGUCCGGGGGAAGCAAUGCCCAAGACCUAUUUACAACUUCUCACAGUGCGGGCUGCCUGAUCCAAUACUAGCGCUUCUACAACAUCGCAACUACGAGAAGCCGUUUCCUAUUCAGAUGCAAUGCAUACCUGCCCUCAUGUGCGGGCGCGACGUCCUGGCAAUAGCAGAAACCGGUUCGGGAAAGACACUAGCCUACUUGCUCCCUGCCAUCAGGCAUGUUCUAUACCAGCCCAAGCUGAGAGAAAACGACGGUAUGAUUGUGCUUAUUAUUGCGCCUACAAGGGAACUUGCCAGCCAGAUUGGGGCGGAGAGUUCGAAACUAUCGAAACUUGUCGGAUUGCGCACCAAGGCUGUUUACGGAGGAGCUCCAAUAGGUGAACAACUCAAUGCGCUAAAGAGAGGGGCGGAAAUAGUCUGUGGAACACCGGGGAGGCUAAUAGAGGUUCUCACCAUCAGCAACGGAAAGGUCACCAACUUGAGGAGGGUCACCUUCGUAGUCAUCGAUGAGGCCGACCGCAUGUUCGACCUGGGGUUCAGUCCGCAGAUUAGCGCCAUCAUUGACAAUGUACGACCGGACAGGCAAACCGCUCUGUUUUCAGCCACUUUCCCUCCAACCAUCGAGGCUCUGGCGAAGAAAAUCCUCACCAAGCCUCUGCAAGUAGUUGUUGGAGAGUCGGGAAAGAGUGCAUCGCAAGUGGACCAGCACGUCAUGGUGCUCCGGGAGAAUCAGAAAAUCUAUGCGUUGCUCAAACUGCUAGGGGAGUGGCAUGAGCACGGCAGCAUCAUAAUUUUCGUCAAUAGACAGGUAGACGCCGACAAUAUGUUUGCAGAACUUAUAAAACAUGGUUACGAGUGUGCCGUGUUACAUGGAGGUCAGGACCAGACUGAUAGGGAGUUCACGCUCCAAGACUUCAGAGACGGGACCAAGGGGAUACUCAUUGCAACAUCUAUCGCAGCAAGGGGGAUCGACGUCAAGUCGGUCGUCCUAGUCAUCAACUACGCAACACCGGAUCACAUCGAAGACUACGUCCACCGAGUGGGCAGAACUGGGCGAGCAGGCAACAUCGGCACGAGCUACACGUUCAUUACGCCUGAGGAAGGCGCGAAGUCGCACGAUAUCAUUAAAGCACUUAAAGCGUCUAACCAAGAGGUGCCAAUGGAUCUCCAACAUCUCGCUGAGGCACACUUAGCAACGUUGGACGGAAAACACAAGGUGCGCAUCGGGGGCGGAUUCGGUGGCCGUGGGUUCAAGUUUACGGACGCCGAGAAGUCACGGCAGCAGCAGGAGCGUCAAUACGCAUGUAAAGCUCUUGGUUUCAAUAACGACAUGGACGAAGAGGAGGAGGCAGCGUUGGCCGAAAAUGCAACUGGUGGUAUAGCAAAUAUCAAAACGUCUUCCGGCGGAUUGCAGUCUUCUUUGACACAAACACAACAGAAGGAAACUAACCCCUUCGACAAGCCCAUAAUCACGCGCGAACCGGAACCCAUGAUUAAGGGUCUCACUUGUGCGGGAUACAUCGAUGCCAACACUGGGUACGCGCAUGACGAAUUCGACAUCAACUCGUUCCCGGAGUUGGUCAGGCAUCGCAUCACGAACAAGGAGGUGCUGUCGUAUGUGAUGGAGCAAGCAGGCGUUACGCUACAAGUAAAAGGCCGUUAUAUACCGGUUGAGACGGCUACGCGCAACUUGAACGUGCUGGGAGGCACCAAGGGAUUGUAUAUAGAGAUAUCCGGCCCGAGCGUUGUGAGCGUCCAAUCCGCAUUGAGCGAAUUGAGGAAGAUCGUACAGUCAGCCGCGAUACCGCAAUAUGGGCAGCCUGUGAUGCAGAAGAUGACCGGGAGGUACUCAGUACUAUAG